CCCUGCGCUGCGCCCCGGCAGGGCAGGACGGGUAGGCAGCCAUCGAGACCGGAGGACAGAUCGGAGAGGGGAGGCAGGUUCGCAAGUGCCUCUGAGAAUGGACAUCAGGCCGAACCACACCAUCUACAUCAAUAACAUCAAUGACAAGAUCAAGAAGGAAGAGCUGAAGAGGUCCCUUUAUGCGUUAUUCUCACAGUUUGGUCAUGUGGUCGAUAUUGUGGCUUUAAAGACCAUGAAGAUGAGAGGACAAGCAUUUGUUAUAUUUAAAGAACUUGGAUCAUCUACCAAUGCUCUGAGACAGCUACAAGGCUUUCCGUUUUAUGGGAAACCAAUGCGUAUUCAGUAUGCAAAAACAGACUCUGAUAUAAUCUCUAAAAUGCGUGGGACUUUUGCUGAUAAGGAAAAAAGAAAGGAAAAGAAGAAAGCCAAAACUCUAGAGCAGUCAGCAAACACACCAAAUAAAAAGGUUAUCCAGGGAGCAGCACAGAAUUCAGCCAAUGCCCCAGGGACUACACCACAGAAUCAGGUGCCUGAUAACCCGCCAAACUAUAUCCUUUUCCUUAAUAAUUUGCCUGAGGAAACAAAUGAGAUGAUGCUGUCCAUGUUAUUUAAUCAGUUUCCUGGAUUCAAAGAAGUACGCUUAGUACCAGGGCGCCAUGACAUCGCAUUCGUGGAGUUUGAAAAUGAGAAUCAAGCAGGGGCUGCUCGAGAUGCUCUCCAAGGAUUCAAGAUCACUCCAUCUCAUGCCAUGAAAAUCACUUAUGCGAAGAAAUAGCUAUAGGCUUCUGUAAAGGAGUUCUGUGGAUGUUUUUUUUUUUUUAAACACUGAUACUCUGGUCAGCUAGCACAUUUACUGUUCUCUGCAGAAAGCAUAAGACUGGACUAGAAUUGCUGCACUGACCAGGGCACAUGUAGGAUUUCCACAGAUCACCUGCAUAGUGACUUUUUCUGUUGAAAUACUAAUUUUUAUAAAAUAAAAUAUAAAUGUGCUGUUUUCAA